GAGCUCGGUUUCACGGGCGCUGCGCCAGAUGUCACGCUUGGCGCGUACAAGGUCAGCGGAUGCGCCGGGUACACGACGAGCGAGAUUUUGGUGUCUGCUUUCUACCGCGCUUACGAGGACGGUAGCGAUGUCAUCUCGUGCUCUGCGGGCGAUGACUCAGGUUGGGCGAGCGACGCUGCUGGCGUCGCUGUCUCGCGCAUCGCCGUGGCUGGUGUCCCUGUUGUUGUUGCGGCUGGCAACUCUGGUAACUUGGGUGUUUGGGCUGUCGCCUCGCCAGCGUCCGGAAAGGCUGUCGCCGGUAUUGGUUCCGUUGACAACACUGUUUUGCCUAACCUCAUGACCCGGGGCUCGUUUGCCAACGAGAGUGGCCAGUUUGACUUUGGAUGGGCUGACAGUACCCCGGUUACUACUACAAAUGUCACUCUUCGUCUGUGGGUUGGAGGCGCCAAUGUGACGGCUUGCAACCCGAUUCCUGCAGAUAUCGACUUGACUGACUCUAUUCCCUUAAUAUCCAUGGACUCAGGGUGUCAGUCCGAUGUUCAGGCCGCGAACCUCCUCGCCAGAGGCGCGCAAUACAUCCUCUACUACCCUGCCAGCGAGUCUAGGAUCUAUCCCCCGUACGUCUACACCGAGGGCAUCCUCGGCAUCGGAAUGGUCAUGCCCCGCCAGGCCCAGGAGUGGAAAGCCCACGCCGAAAACGUCACUAUCACCAUCGGACCCCCCGAGACCUCCGGCCUCUUUGCCGAGCCUAUCACAAACGGCCCAACCGCCGGUUACACAAGCCCCUUCUCCAGCUACGGCCCGACUUGGGAACUCGACGUGAAGCCCCAGUUCACCGCCCCCGGCGGCGGCAUCCUCUCCACCUGGACUUGGGACCAGGGCGAGUACAUGGUCAACCCGGGCACCUCCAUGUCUACCCCCUUCGUCGCCGCAGUCUACGCCCUCGUCGGCCAGGUCCGCGGCACUCUCGAUCAGGAGACUCUCCGAUCCGUCAUCGCUGCCACGGCCCAGCCAAAGGCCUGGAACGACGGUACCGUUGCCCACGAUGACAUCCUUGCUCCUGUGCCGCAGCAGGGUGCCGGCCUCGUGCAAGCUUGGGACGCCGCGCACGCCACCACGAUCCUUGACUCCACGGGCAUUUCCUUCAACGAUACGGAUCACUUUGUCGGCGAGCACACCUUUAGCGUGAAGAACACGGCUGCUGAGGAGGUCACCUACAAGCUCGGCCACGCCAAGUCCGUGACGGUGUACACCUUCACCCCAGGCGAAGCCCAGCUCAACGUUGCCCGUGCCCCGCCCCCGACCGUUGACGAGUGGGCGACCAUCAACUUCGAAACCAACUCCCUGACCGUUCCCGCCGGCGGCAGCGCCGAGGUAAAGUUCACUGCCGUGCCGCCCUCGGGCCUCAACGCCACCCUGUUGCCCGUGUACAGCGGAUACAUCACUCUCGAGGGAAGCAACGGCGAGACCCUUUCCGUGCCGUAUCUAGGCGUCGGCGGAAGCAUGCGCGACACCCCUGUCCUGGUACCCGGCCUCGGCCUGAACGGGGUUUACCUCUCCUCCACGGACAACCACUUCCUCAUCCCCGUCGCCGCAAACCGGACAUUCACCAUCCCGCGCCCCGGGUCCACGGGAAGUGCCAUUUACCCCAAGAUGGUCGUAACCCCGACCGUCGGUACCACCGAUCUGCACGUCGAGCUCGUAGCCCUCGGCAGCAGCGGCAAUUCUACGCUCAAGAUUACUGAUGUCCUUGGGUACCGGACCCUCGGUCCAUUGCCGCAGUCGCCCGUCACGUACGCACACAGGUUCGGGUACACAUGGAACUUUGGCGGCUUUUUGGCCGAUCGGACUAUUGUGCCGGAGGGAAGCUAUGCGUUUAUUGCACGCGCGCUAAGGAUCUUUGGAGAUGCGAGCAAGGAGGAGGAUUGGGAUGUUGUUGAGACUGUGCCGUUCAUCUUGAAGUAUCUUGCAUAGAUGCAUAGCCGCGGGUCUGAUGCCCGAGGAAGAUGUAUAGUGCAAGCCUAAUUACAUCGUAACUUGCCCGAGACUUCAAGCUGCCCUGUGUUCCUGCAUGAAACCAGCGUAGUCAAAGAUUGCCCGCUUAUAGAAACG